AUGCGCCUGCCGCACUUCGCGCUCCUUCUCCUCGCGCUGUUCGGCCUCGCCCUCAGCGCACCAACCUCCCCUUCCGACGCCAACUCCGAGGACGCCAAGCAGAACCCGCCGUCCUGCAUGGACUGCGACCACAUGUACGAGCAGUGCCUCGCGAGCAACGUCAACCGGCCCCCCUACACCAGACUAAACUGCUUAAAUAUUACCUGCCACGCGCUCUUCGGCACUUGCGAGGAAUGCGGUUUCUGUCAACGCCACUGGGAUCCGUCGCACCCGUGGCGUCCGCCGCGGAAGGGACAGGCCGAUGGUGAAGCGUCCAAGGCCCAGGAUGCUACUACCACUGCCGGGGACACGACGGCUGAGGAUGCUCCGGCUCCGAAGCCACAGGAUGAGUCUGGUAACUAA